AUGGUUGAGGCGAUGAAGAAAGUUGCUGAGCUUGAUGUGGAGCUCACGUUGGAGGAGAGGAAUCUCGUGUCUGUUGGGUACAGGACUGUGAUUGGCGCAAAGAGAAAUUUUUGGAGAACACUAUCUUCCGUCGAGCACAAGGAAUGGUCCAAGGAAAACGAGGAAAAUGUCAAGAGGAUUAAGAAUUAUUGCAAAAGAGUUGAAGAUGAGAUUGCUAAAGUCUGUAAUGACAUCUUGUCUGUCAUUGACAAGCACCUCCUGUCCUCCUCCCAUCGUCUACCACUGUGGAAUCUACCGAAAGGAGAUUAUUAUCGCUAUCUGGCAGAGUUUAGUUCUGGUGCUGAACGUAAGGAAGCUGGAGAUCAAUCUCUUGAAGCAUAUAAGGCUGCUGUUGCUGCUGCAGAGACUGGUUUGGCACCCACACAUCCACUUAGACUUGGCUUGGCGCUGAACUUUUCGGUUUUCUACCAUGAGAUCUUAAACUCUCCUGAAAGUGCAAUCCAAUUGACUAAGCAAGCAUUGGAUGAUGCAAUCGCUGAGCUUGACAGCCUAAACGAGCAACCAUACAAGGACAUCACUCGUAUCAUGCAGAAACUUAGUGACAAUCUCGCCUUAUGGACUGCAGAGACUGCAGACCUCCCAGAGGAAGGAGGCAAUCUCCUUUUUCUUACGUUGAAUGGUUUUGUAUCUGUAAUUCUCUUUUAUCUUAGGUCUUUCUUGAUGAUGUUUUCCGAUCAUUGAC